UGAGGGGCGCGGGCCUCACAGGGAGGGGGUGCCCCGACUGGCCAAGAUGGCGCGGGGGCGGGGCACGUGACUCUAGGCCCCGCCCCGGCUCCGUUAUCAGCGCGCGGCCGGGGACGCCCCGCAGCUGCUGCUCCCGGCCGCACUGCAACCAUGCUCCGGGGACCGGCGGGCGUCUGGGCCGUGCUCGGCCCUCUGCUCUGGGGCUGCGGGCUGGCGCUGCUGCAGGGCGGGAUGCUCUAUCCCCGGGAGAGCCGGUCGCGGGAGCGCAAGGAACUGGACGGCCUCUGGAGCUUCCGCGCCGACUUCUCCGACAACCGGCGCCAGGGCUUCGAGCAGCAGUGGUACCGGGCGCCGCUGCGGGAGUCAGGCCCUACUCUGGACAUGCCGGUGCCUUCAAGUUUCAACGAUGUGGGCCAGGACGGGCAGCUGCGGAGUUUUGUCGGCUGGGUGUGGUAUGAACGGGAGAUCACCCUGCCCCAGCGGUGGACCGAGGACCUGGGCAUGAGAGUGGUGCUGAGGAUUGGCAGCGCCCACUACUAUGCCAUCGUGUGGGUGAAUGGGGUCCAUGUGGCAGAGCACGAGGGGGGCCAUCUCCCCUUCGAGGCUGACAUCAGCAAGCUGGUCCAGAGCGGGCCCCUGUCCUCCUGCCGCAUCACCAUCGCCAUCAACAACACGCUGUCCCCCCACACCCUGCCGCCGGGGACCAUCCUCUACAAGACGGACCCCUCCAUGUACCCCAAGGGUUACUUUGUCCAGAACAUAAAGUUUGACUUCUUCAACUACGCGGGACUGCAUCGGACUGUGCUCCUCUACACCACGCCUACCACCUACAUCGAUGACAUUACCGUCACCACCGACAUGGACCAAGACAUUGGGCUGGUGAAUUACCAGAUCAUCGUCCAGGGCAGUGACCACUUCCAACUGGACGUGGGUCUUCUGGAUGAGGAAGGCAAAGUUGUGGCCAAGGGGACAGGGGCCCAGGGCCAGCUGCAGGUGCCCAGUGCCCACCUCUGGUGGCCGUACCUGAUGCAUGAGCACCCUGCCUACCUGUACUCAUUGGAGGUGAAGUUGACGGCGCAGACGGCUGUGGGGCCCGUGUCUGACUUCUACACCCUCCCCGUGGGGAUCCGCACCGUGGCCAUCACCGAGAGACAGUUCCUCAUCAAUGGGAAGCCGUUCUAUUUCCAAGGGGUCAACAAGCAUGAGGAUGCAGACAUCCGAGGGAAGGGCUUUGACUGGCCACUGCUGGUGAAGGACUUCAACCUGCUUCGCUGGCUGGGCGCCAACGCCUUCCGCACCAGCCACUACCCCUACGCGGAGGAGGUGCUGCAACUCUGUGACCGCUACGGGAUCGUGGUCAUCGACGAGAGCCCCGGUGUGGGCAUCGUGUCGGCUGAGAGCUUCAGCAACGUGUCUCUGCAGCACCACCUGGAGGUGAUGGAGGAAAUGAUCCGCAGGGACAAGAAUCACCCGGCCGUUGUAAUGUGGUCCCUGGCCAAUGAGCCCGCUUCCUUCCUGAAACCGGCUGGUUACUACUUCAAGACGCUGAUUGCCCACACUAAAGCCUUGGACCCCUCCCGGCCCGUGACCUUUGUGACCAGCACCAGCUAUGAAGCAGACUUGGGGGCGCCGUACGUGGACGUCAUCUGUGUGAACAGCUACUACUCCUGGUACCACGACUAUGGGCACAUGGAGGUGAUUCAGCUGCAGCUGGCAACCCAGUUCGAGAACUGGCAUAAGGCCUACCAGAAGCCAAUGAUUCAGAGCGAGUACGGAGCAGAUACCAUUGCAGGGUUUCACGAGGAUCCACCACUGAUGUUCAGUGAAGAGUACCAGAAAGGCCUGCUUGAGCAGUAUCAUGCGGUUCUGGACCAAAAACGCAAAGAGUAUGUGGUUGGCGAGCUCAUCUGGAAUUUUGCUGAUUUCAUGACUAAUCAGUCACCAUUUCGGAUGAUAGGGAACAGAAAAGGGAUCUUCACUCGGCAGAGACAACCAAAGAGUGCAGCAUUCCUGUUGCGAGAGAGAUACUGGAGACUUGCCAAUGAAACCCGGUACCACCGGUCAGCUGUGAAGUCACAGUGUGUGGGAAACAGCCUGUUUACUGUUUAAAGUGAGAACUACCUCUCUGCAGACACUGGCUCGGUCAGCUCCUCCUUCCCAGGGAGGGGGUGCUACUUCCAUCGCACACCGAGCAAGUGUUUCCUGCGCUGUGCAUAGCAGACCUGGAAGCUUCUCACCUGGAUUUUGUGGUUAUUUGCUAGAAGGGAACAUUAGAGGUGAAAAUAAAGACUUGUAGGGCCUUCCCUGGCAGUCCAGUGGUUAAGACUCAGGACUUCCAUUGCAGGGGGCCUGAGUUUGAUCCCUGGUUGAGAAACUAAGAUCCCACAUGUUGCACAGCAUGGCCAAUAAUAAUAGUAAUAAAGAAAAUAAAGGCUUUUGUCAUAUCAGAAUAAAGAGUUAGCUUAAAACUGA